AUGUUUCCGACAUGGUCUGUGCAGUGGCUUCUGUCAUUCACGACAUUCAACCUUAUCACACCUACACGGGCUACCUCACGUAGCAUCACUCCGAAUGGGUGGUUGAAAACGGAACUUGAGACCUCUGCUGCAGGUCUCGGUGGCCAUUUGUACGAUUUUUAUCGCUUUGUUGCCAAUUCAUCCUGGAUCGGUGGAGAUCAGGAAUACAGUGACUUGAACGAGGCGUUACCAUAUUGGGUGAAUGCCCUUGUACCACUUGCGUAUACGACGCAGGAUGAUCGACUGAAAGCACAGGUCCACGAUAUUGUGGAUAAUGUGCUCGGUCGGAUUCAAUCUGAUGGAUGGAUUGGUCCCGUAACCCUGGAAAGUCGGGAGCGAAUGAUCUGGGCGAGGACGUUACUAUUCCUUGGCUUGACAAACCUUGCUGAUGCGAACUCGACUUACGAGGCCCCUAUUGCUGAUGCGCUGCUUCGAUUCAAUGGACUUAUGAAUACCAUGUUGAAGGAUAAUGGGACGGGGAUGAUUUGGCACGAGGGUGAUAAGCCUAAUACUGAUGAUUUCUUGUGGUUCCGUGCUCGAGCUGAGGAUAUGAUGGUUAGCGUGCAGUGGCUUCUUGAUUAUCACCCUCAGAAUGAGACAGAAAUUCUGAAGGAGAAUCUUGAGAUGCUUCAUCAGUAUGCAUAUAAGUGGGAGGGAUGGUAUACCGAGGGCAGUUAUAUCAAGGAAGACUUCUAUGAUCUUCCACAGUCUGUGACGGAUGACUUGUGGCAAUUUUUGCAUGGAGUGACUAUUGCUGAAGUCGACUGGACAUUCCAAUACCAUGGAGCUCCAAGUGGCACCAUUCUUGCGGAUGAGCGAAUCGAUGGACUAAACCCGUACUACGGAUCGGAACUUUGCACACAUGUCGAGACCAUGUAUUCUCUCGCAUACAACUACUUUGCGAUCGGUGAUCCAGACUACGCAGAUCGUGCCGAGUUAACGGCAUACAAUGCUCUCCCUGCUGCCCUGAUGGGAGAUUGGUGGAGUCACCAGUACAUGACUGAGCCUAACCAGCCAUUCUCCAAGAAUCUCUCCGCCACGCCGUUUUACGACGACAACUCUCUGGCAAAUACAUUUGGCCUUGAACCAAACUACCCCUGCUGCACUGUGAAUCACCCACAAGGAUACCCAAAGUUCGUUCUUCAUUCCUACGUGAAGAAGGGGACAUCGGGUCUCGUACACGCCCUCCUCAGUCCAGGCAGGGUCCAGACAGAGAUCGACGGGAAGAAAGUAUCCGUCAAUUGCGAGACGGAUUACCCAUUCUCGAAUACCCUCUCCUACACCAUCGAUUCCGAUUCAAGCUUCGACUUCUACCUCCGAGUUCCAAACUGGUCGACAGGCGUAUCAACCCUGGGUCUGGAAACACCACCUACAGACCCAACCACCGGACUAAUGCAGUUCAACAUCCCAUCUGGAACGACAAAAUUCACCUACACGCUUUGCAUGGAAAUGAAGAUAACCCCUCGCGCUAACGACACCGUUUCAGUCUACAGAGGUCCACUUCUCUACGCUCUAUACAUCAAACCCGACAUCUCGUCCAGUCCCCCGAAAUUCUAUAACACUCAAUCGGAGUACCCAGCAGGCACAUACCCUCCCCAAGCACAAGAUCACGUGCUUCUCAAUACAACAGAGUGGAAUGUAGCGAUUGACCCGACGACAUUGGAAUAUCAUCCUGGCUCGAGUCCGCUUCCUGAACCUGCUUUCCAGGAUGGUGCGCUGCCUAUGUAUAUGACGGCGAAGGGGUGUUUGAUCGAUUGGCCCAUGUUCCGUGGUGCUGUUCCUGGAUCACCUAUUCCGAAGGAGGAUCGGGUUUGUUUGGGUAAUGCGUUUAAUGUCACGUUACGGCCUUAUGGGAGUGCGAAGUUGCAUAUGUCGGAGAUACCUAUGAUAGAUCUUUCUGAAUGA